UCAGAAAAUUGCAUUUGUUGCGGCUCAAUUCAAUUCAAAGCAGAUACAUAUGGAAAGUUGGCCCUAAAAUAAAUAAUCAAAUCCCGAAAUGAAGAAAAUUAAGAACGGAAUUAGGGCUUUCUACACUCCGUUUCUUUCUUCUCUUCAAGUUCGCGAUUCAUCGGUCGGUAUUUUUGUGGUUUUGUUUAUUAUCUUAUGAUUCUUUUCUUUGGGCAUUUUGAACGUAAAUUUGUGUGUUGUAUUUUGCUUUUUUCUCCCUUCAAAAAUUAACAUCUUUUUUUAACAGAAACAAAAAAUGGCGGGAAAAUUCGAGCAUCUCCGGAAGUCAAUGGAAUCGUAUAAAUCUCAAAUGGCUAGCGCUAUGGGGAGUGUUCCCAUGCAGUUCAUACUAGACCACCCGUACCCGCCAAAUUCUUCGGUUCCGAUACCACACGAAACCCUAAACGACGAGAAGCUUCUAGAAGCAUGGCCUCAAAUAGAGCAACAGAUAUUAGAGUGGCGUAAGAUCGUGUACCUGAUGAGCUACCUUCUGAGGGCCCACGCAGAAGAAACGAUUCUUAGUUUGGAUAAAACGAGAGCUAAUCUCGAGAAAUUGAGGGCUUGUGAGAAACUAGGACCUAAUUUGCCUUACUUACAACGACUCACGGCUUUGAAUGAGUUCGUCUUACAACGCGGGCUUGAAAUCAUCGAACGAGGCAAGGCUUACGAGGAUCAAGCUAGGGCUUACGCUCAAGAAAAUAACGAUGUCGCUACUAUGGAAUGGUAUGCGAAGCAUGCGAGUACGUAUUUGCCUAGCCCUGAUGACAUGUUGGAAAUACUACUUAUCGUGCCGGUGGACAUAAAUCAGUUUCCAGAUCCGAACGAAGGGCUGCACCUUAUGCAGCAGUUCCACCAGCUGCGGCAACUUUACGGGGACCACACACUAGAUUGUGGCCCUCUGAAGGCGGAUGGUCUGCACAUUGUGCAGCAGUUCCAACGGCUGCAGCUCCACGUUAAGCAGCAACCACCUGAUUGGGGCUCUAAUGGCAUCAUGCAAAUUAGGAUCGCAUCAUCAUCAUCAUCAUCAUCAUCAUCAUCAUGCCUCGAAGUCUAGUGGUUUAUUUGUUCGUUCAAAUUAUAUAUAUAUUCUUUUUGAGUUUUGAACUCGUGAUUGCGCUUUUUCAUUGAAAUUAUUUAGUGUUUAGUAACAUUAUAAUUAAUUGUGGUUGUGAUAUAACUAGGUAAUCAAUAUUAUGUGCCUUCUUUCACUGUAUUAAUUUUUCUUCAGUUUGUUGUUUGCAUUUGACCAAGUUAUACGGAGUUUGUUGUUUGUAAUUCGAUAAUGCAACUUCUAAUUGUCAGUUUGUUAUUUUCAUUUACACGGAAUCAUAGGCGGUCGUAGUUUUUUUAGAGUCUGAGCUUGUACAAUAAAUAGCAAUGUUUUGAAAACUGUAACCAACCGGCUGGUUUGACCGAUUCAAUGGGGAACCGCUCACCAAUCUGGUCCGGUUAGAUAGCAAAACCCGGAAAAUGUCAAACCUAGGUCGGAAGGCUAAAAACCGGGAAACCGGUGGUUUAACCGGAAAAUCGGAAACAUGAAAAUUGCUAUUUUGUUUCAAAAACAUUUAAAUAUUUAGAUAUUA